AAACGGCCGAGAAUUAUGCAAUCUGUGGUACGUCAUCAUUGCACCGCCGGCAACGUAUUUGGACGCAUGCACACAUCGAGUAGGUCACUGGAAAGCAGUGUUGUUCCCGCGCAUAAUCCCCGAUCAGGUUCCGGUGUCACCAGCUGUCAAGUCGUCUCGUUUCGCGUUGUUUUUAUUAUGAGCUGGGCCCAGACUACUAUCGAGGGAAACCCUUACCUAGUGAAACUCGUAAUCGAAAGUUUCGUAAACAUUAAAUUUUUCCUGAGUGAUUUGGAAAGUCUUUGGAAAGAGGAUUGUUCAGUCAGGGAAGCUUUGGCGAGGGCCAGGGAGCAGAAUAAACGCAUAGAGUUUGAUAGAGAGACUAUAUUAUCGACUCUAGUCCAUCCGCCGCCCAGUGCGAUUUUUCGUCGUUCGGAACAAGGGGAUGAGCUGGAGUGCAAGUAUCGCAUAUCGGAGCGGCCGUUUCAUUUUAAAUGGAUCCUAAGAAAAUGCGAUCAAAAGGAAUACAUGGAAGUCAUAACGAAACCAUUGCUACUAUCUGCCAGCAGCUUAGCCAAGCAAAAUGAGGACUUGCUAAACAUAAUAAAACAAAAAGAUCUUGAGAUAGAGCAAUACAAAUUGGAAGGUGCCACUUUGAAAAGAUAUAAAUUAAUCACGGAAAAGUUCAAUGAAGAUGAAUUUAGGCAAAAAAUCCGGUUCAAGCCUGUUGCUGAAUUUAUAAAAUUUUCUGAUCACAAAUUUAGCGAUUACCUGCAGAUGUGCGAAACAAAGGAACAAAAUCAAGCCACCCCCGAAAAGACAGUCUCAAAUAUUACAAAGAAUAGUCCAAGAGGAAAAAAAAUUUCCAGAAUUCGAACUCAUAUCUCAAAAGUACAACAACAUCUAGAUAUGUCUGCGGUGAAGGUUAAUUUUGAUGACAGUGAUUCCAGCACACCAUCGGCACUCAGUGACACUGAGAUGAAGCAAUUAAAGUUCUCGCGUGAAGUUAAAACGGAAGUUGAUCUGCCAACGGUUCCAACAGCAUCUUCUUCAAGGACAGAUUUGAAAUCGAAUAAGAGAUUGAAACUUUCUAGAAAAAAUUUAGACUUGUAAAUAUGAACAUGCAACACUCAAGGAAAAUUGUACAGCGGCCUUUCAUUGGCAAUAAAUCUUUCAAUGUCGUACGUUUUGAUAA